AUGACAUCCGCUCCUCAGCAGCCAUAUGAGCUCCGUGUACGACAAGCCUACGAUCCUCCUCCACCACCGCUUCCUCAACGACCCGACCAAUUCGAUGUCGAAGCCCAGACUACCCAUCCGCUUUCCCCCCCGGCUCCUCCUUCCUUCCCAUCGGGCACGCAAUUCCAACCACCACCACAGCGCCUAGGACAGAUUUUCGCCGACGAUGACAACCCGACAAAUCCGGUCCACUACGUCCGCGAUCCUCACAAACUCAUCGGUUACCUGAUCCCCUUUCCCAAACCCAACUUACCCAAUGUCAAGCCGGAGGAUGUUCCCACUCGUUUUAUGAUAUAUACUCCACCCCCACCCCCGCUCCAGAAACCUGUGGAGGGCGAGAAGGAGGGCAAAUUGCAUAAAGUCCAACGCAAAUGGCAGGAAGAAGUCCGAAGCGCUAAAACCAGUACCGCCAAAACCGCCUCGUGGAAGGGCGUCAAGUCCCGAGCCACCCGGGGCAUCAAUUGGGCCAUGAACAAAACCACGUCGUCCAACUUGGACUUCCUGGGUCGCGUUUCGCCUGCGCACUCCGACCAUGAUGACGAUGGAGACGGCCCCGAAACACACAAGACCGUCGGCGUCGACGAAAUGACCCUCGUCUAUCCUCCCUCGCUCCCACUCCAUGACCAACAAAUGCGCGAGGAAUUUGUCCACACUAUGCUCCGCGCCCAGUCCAAGGCCCAGCGCGAUACCAUUAUUGCCACCGGUUUGAUGCCAGUGGGUUACGGAAUCGAUAUCCUCGCCACCUUCAUUUGGCCAUUCGGUGGCCUCGGUGAAAUUGACACGGUCUGGGCAUAUGCAUCGUUCCGAGGCGCGAAGACGGCCCGCAGCGUCACCAAACGACUGUCCUCAGGCAGUCACAGCGGGAACCACGGUGAAGACCAACUCAAGCUGACUUUCACCCAUUCCCAGCGGAUUGAGGUGUUGAAACGGUAUCUGGACGCCGAGUGUCACAAGGCCGAUAGCAAGUUGUUUCCCACCUUUGCCAUGGGCCCAACCGAGAGCGACGUGCUUGAAGCCAUCGGAUGGACACCCAGCGAUCGACGGCCCCAGGGCCAGGAACACGAGGAGCGGAAUUGGGAAGAUGAGCAAUGGGAGAUGACUGAGGUCAAGGACGACUUGAAGAGCGUCUUUACCAAAGGGGCCCGGGAAUGGAAGAAGUGGUGUUUGCUACUGGAGAAGAAUCCAGAGAAGGCGAUGAAGAAAUGA